GUCCUCUGGGAGUUGUAGUUUCGUGGGUCCUGGAGCGGCCCUCUUCCCACCUCCCUUCUGGAUCGCAGCCCCGCUGCACUUCAGGAAAGCGCCGCCCGGGCCACCCACGCUGGCCCGUGCGGUGGCUCCGAGAGUGUCUUAUGCCAGGCGGGGCGCGGAGGUGAAACUACAUUUCCCAGCGUGCGCCGCGAGGGUCGCGCAGCCCCGCGUUAAAGAACCCGCUCCGCCGAGCGCCGGGCGGCGGCAGUGCCUUUGCUUGGAACCAGAUAACAUUAUCACCAUCAGCUGAAUAAGAAUCUAAAAGACCCAGGAAGCCCCUCUGCUUGGCCAGAAUGGAGCAGCCAAAGGGAGUUGAUUGGACAGUCGUCAUCCUGACCUGCCAGUACAAGGACAGUGUCCAGGUCUUUCAGAGAGAACUGGAAGUGCGGCAGAAGCGGGAGCAGAUCCCUGCUGGGACGCUGUUACUGGCCGUGGAGGACCCAGAGAAGCGUGUGGGCAGCGGAGGAGCCACCCUCAACGCCCUGCUGGUGGCUGCUGAACACCUGAGUGCCCGGGCAGGCUUCACUGUGGUCACAUCCGAUGUCCUGCACUCAGCCUGGAUCCUCAUUCUGCACAUGGGUCGAGAUUUCCCCUUUGAUGACUGUGGCAGAGCCUUCACCUGCCUCCCCAUGGAGAACCCCGAGGCCCCGGUGGAAGCCUUGGUCUGCAACCUGGACUGCCUGCUGGACAUCAUGACCUAUCGGCUGGGCCCGGGCUCCCCGCCAGGCGUGUGGGUCUGCAGUACCGACAUGCUGCUGUCUGUUCCUGUAAAUCCCGGGAUCAGCUGGGACAGCUUCCGGGGAGCCAGAGUGAUCGCCCUCCCAGGGAGCUUGGCCUACGCUCGGAAUCAUGGCGUCUACCUCACUGACCCCCAGGGCCUCGUUUUGGACAUUUACUACCAGGGCACUGAGGCAGAGAUUCAGCGGUGUGUCAGGCCUGAUGGGCGGGUGCCACUGGUCUCCGGGGUUGUCUUCUUCUCUGUGGAGACUGCCGAGCGCCUCCUAGCCACCCACGUGAGCCCGCCCCUGGAUGCCUGCACCUACCUGGGCUUGGACUCUGGAGCCCAGCCUGUUCAGCUGUGCUUCUUCCCCUUCCCCCAGCUGUCUCUGUUUUUUGACAUUCUGUACUGCAUGGCUGAGAACGUGACCAGGGAGGACUUCCUGGUGGGGAGGCCCCCAGAGUUGGGGCAAGGCGAUGCGGAUGUAGCAGGUUAUCUGCAGAGUGCCCGGGCCCAGCUGUGGAGGGAGCUUCGCGAUCAGCCCCUUACCAUGGCCUAUGUCUCCAACGGCAGCUACAGCUACAUGACCUCCUCAGCCACUGAGUUCCUGCACAGCCUCACACGCCCUGGGGCUCCUGGGGCCCAGAUUGUGCACUCCCAGGUGGAGGAGCAGCAGCUCCUGGCGGCUGGGAGCUCUGUGGUCAGUUGCCUGCUGGAGGGCCCUGUCCGGCUGGGUCCCGGGAGUGUCCUGCAGCACUGCCACCUGCGGGGCCCUAUUCACAUAGGCGCUGGCUGCAUGGUGAGUGGCCUGGACAUAGCCCACUCCGAGGCCCUGCAUGGCCGGGAGCUGCAUGACCUCGUCCUGCAGGGACACCAUACACGGCUACACGGCUCCCCGGGCCACGCCUUCACCCUUGUUGGCCGACUGGACAGUUGGGAGAGACAGGGGGCAGGCACAUAUCUCAACGUGCCCUGGAGUGAAUUCUUCAAGAGGACAGGUGUUCGAGCCUGGGACCUGUGGGACCCUGAUACGCCGCCAGCAGAGUGCUGCCUUCCCAGCGCCCGCCUCUUUCCUGUGCUCCACCCUUCGAGGGACCUGGGACCCCAGGAUCUGCUGUGGAUGCUAGACCGCCAAGAGGAUGGGGGCGAGGCCCUGCGAGCCUGGCGAGCCUCCUGGCGUCUGUCCUGGGAGCAGCUGCAGCCAUGCCUGGAUCGGGCUGCCACGCUGGCCUCUCGCCGGGACCUGUUCUUCCGCCAGGCCCUGCAUAAAGCGCGGCAUGUGCUGGAGGCCCGGCAGGACCUCAGCCUGCGCCCGCUGAUCUGGGCUGCUGUCCGCGAGGGCUGCCCCGGGCCCCUGCUGGCCACGCUGGACCAGGUUGCAGCUGGGGCAGGAGAUCCUGGCGUGGCGGCGCGGGCACUGGCUUGUGUGGCAGAUGUCCUGGGCUGCAUGGCAGAGGGCCGUGGGGGCUUGCGGAGCGGGCCAGCUGCCAACCCUGGGUGGAUGCGGCCCUUUUCCUACCUGGAGUGUGGAGACCUGGCAGCGGGCGUGGAGGCGCUUGCCCAGGAGAGGGACAAGUGGCUAAGCAGGCCAGCCUUGCUGGUGCGAGCGGCCCGCCACUAUGAGGGGGCUGGGCAGAUCCUCAUCCGCCAGGCUGUGAUGUCAGCCCAGCACUUUGUCUCCACGGAGCCAGUGGAGCUGCCGGGACCUGGGCAGUGGGUGGUCGCUGAGUGCCCAGCCCGUGUGGAUUUCUCUGGGGGCUGGAGUGACACGCCGCCCCUUGCCUAUGAGCUUGGCGGGGCCGUGCUGGGCCUGGCUGUGCGAGUGGAUGGCCGCCGGCCCAUCGGAGCCAGGGCACGCCGCAUCCCGGAGCCUGAGCUGUGGCUGGCGGUGGGGCCUCGGCAGGAUGAGAUGACUGUGAAGAUAGUGUGCCGGUGCCUGGCUGACCUCCGGGACUACUGCCAGCCCCAUGCGCCAGGGGCCCUGCUGAAGGCGGCCUUCAUCUGCGCGGGGAUCGUGCAUGUCCACUCGGAACUCCAGCUGAAUGAGCAGCUGCUCCGCACCUUCGGGGGCGGCUUUGAGCUGCACACUUGGUCUGAGCUGCCCCACGGCUCUGGCCUGGGCACCAGCAGCAUCUUGGCAGGCACUGCCCUGGCUGCCUUGCAGCGAGCCGCAGGCCGGGUGGUGGGCACGGAAGCCCUGAUCCAUGCAGUGCUGCACCUGGAGCAAGUGCUCACCACUGGUAUGUGACUGCCCUGGAGUUGGGGGAAGUCACUGACACUUUCCCAAGGGCCUGCGGGGGGAGUGGGACUCCCCUGGAUUUGCCACAUGACUGUGCUACUGUUGAAAAUACUUUCCUUCUAGUCACUUUGACCUUCUCUGGUCACUUUCAACUUGAAAUGUUCUACCUCCCAACGAGCUGUUUCACGAGCAUCUACUGAGUGCCAGAUUCUGUGCUGUGCC